CCGAGAGAGCGCUGCGCAACUUAAAUGAAGCUCCCGUUCGGAACAGUCUUCAGUGCGAACAGUGUCGCCCAGGAAAAGACUCCUCUUCGCUUCAGCUCGACGCCACUCCGGGUGAAUGAAGCGUUCCGUCCAUGCGGAGGCUAGCGCUGGUUCUUCUGCCCUGUGCUCUCGCCGUACUGGUGCACUUGUGGGUGGCUCAACAACGGUGCUCCACGCCGCUGGACGACGACACACACUCGGAUGGGGUGGUGCCGUCCUAUGAAGUUCUGGUGGGAGUUCUAUCAGCCAGACAGCAUUACAAACUGCGACAAGCCAUAAGGGACACCUGGCUGGGCUACCUGCACCAACACUCUCACUUCAAGUACAGAGUGGGGGUGAAGUUUAUCGUGGGCAAAUAUGGGUGUCCCAUUCCAGAGGAGGACAGAGAAGAUCCUUACUCCUGCUCCCUUCUCAACAUCACCGAGCCAGAGGCAGGACAGGAUGCUGAGAGAGAAAUCGUGAUGGUGUCCGACCCCGCGGUGCUGGUCCCCUCGGAUGUGUCUGCUGUUGCCUUGGAUUUUAAGGUGCUCCACCCGGUGGUGAUCACCAGACUGGGGGUGUUUCCCCGAAGAACCCAGCCUAAACUUAGGAGCAAUGUGACUGUAAAGCUCCUUCAACUGGAUCAGGAGGAGGCCAUAGUAACGGCUCGCUUCAGCGCCAUCAGCACAGGGACCCUUCUAAGCGGAAUAUGGUACAAACCAGUGGAGCAGUUUAUCUUGCCCAAGGGUUUUGAGGGGACACUAGUAUGGGAGAGUUCAGAUUCAGAAGUACUGACCACAGUCAACUCGUCCUGUGUGCAGCUCAAUGAUGGAGGAGGUGUACUCAAGAUCUCCUCUAUUGCAGAAGGCAUACUGCCCCACAGAAGUGCUCUUGGAUUUCCUGGUUUGGCUGGAGGAUUCACCUUUACCAUUUACGACAGCAACAGUCUGUCUGAGCUCCUGCGGGGCCGUCCAGCCAGGAUGGAACGCCACGCCUCGGGGUUGAGGCAGGAGGACUCUGCCUUAAAGGAAGAGAGCCUAAGGCACGGCGACAUGGUGUUUGUAGACGUGGUGGACACCUACAGAAACGUGCCUUCCAAACUGCUUCAGUUCUACAAAUGGUCUGUGGGAAACAUUGAUUUCAGUCUGCUCCUGAAGACGGACGAUGAUUGUUACAUCGACAUGGACUCAGUAUUAAUGAAGAUCGAGCACAAGGGUCUGAAGCGCAGCCAUUUUUGGUGGGGAAAUUUCAGACAGAGCUGGGCAGUGGAUCGCAUCGGGAAGUGGCAAGAGCUCGAGUACCCCAGUCCCGCCUACCCGGCCUUUGCGUGCGGAUCUGGCUAUGUGGCGUCACGUGACCUGGUGCAGUGGCUCGCCAGUAAUGCAGAUAGUCUAAAGGCCUACCAGGGAGAAGAUGUGAGCAUGGGCAUAUGGAUGGCAGCUAUCGGACCACAGAAGUAUCAGGACCCCAGCUGGCUCUGUGAAAAAGAAUGCUACCUGGACAUGCUGUCGUCCCCACAGCACACAGCAGAGGAGCUGCGUGUCCUGUGGCACAGGAAGAGGACGUGUGGUGACCCCUGUGGAUGUCCCUGGGGACAGUAAGAUCAAUAAUUGGGAGCCUCAACAUGGCUGUGAAGUCCAAUGAUUCAAGUAGGAGAACCAAAAGAAUUUAUCAAAAAGAAGUAGCAUGAAUUAAUAUGUUAAUACAGAAUAUCCAUCCAUCCCUUUUCCAUACCGCUUAUCCUCACUAGGGCCGCGGGCGUGCUGGAGCCUAUCCCAGCUGACUUUGGGCGAGAGGCGGCGUACACCCCGAACUGGUCGCCAGCCAAUCGCAGGGCACAUUUAAACACACAAACAUUGUGGGCAAUAUACAGUCUUCAAAUAACCUACCACGCAUGUUUUUGGAAUGUGGGAAGAAACCGGAGUACCCGAGAAAACCCACGCAGGCACGGGGAGAACAUGCAACCUCCACACAGGGGAGGCUGGAUUUGAACCCAGGUCCUCAGAACUGUGAGGCAGAUGUGCUAACCAGUUGUCCACCGUGCCGCCCUUAAUUCAGAAUAUGAGACCCAUAAAUGGAUACACGUACUGUAUGUGAAUUUGUCACUUUCCCUGUAAGUGUUAAGUGCCUGUGUAGCGGUUCCCUCACCAAAAUUCCCACUCAGUGACGAGACUGUGAGUGUGAAUGGUUGUCUUUAUAUAUAUAUUCCCUGCGAUAGACUGGUUACCAGUCCAGGGUGUACCUCACCCUCAUCCAUCCAUGUAUGGGACUCUGCAGGAGGAGGAGGAAAUAAUUUAUUCAUAACACCCGGCAACCAAAAGCAGCCUUUCUGACUGUUUAUGACUCACAGGAAUGAGGAGGUAAUAUUAGACACACAAUCACAACUUUCAUUCCCACUUAGAAGAUAAGCAUCUCCUCUCCAUGCUGCCUCCAAACGUCUGCACAUCACAGUAGCAUUAUGUGUGACGCAGCGCAUCAGUUCACAUGAAAUAUUCCAAAACAGACUUCAGUCCUUUUCAAUGCCAUGCUUCUCUCAAGUGAAUCACGCUGUUUCGUAAGCCCCCUCGACUCCUACUGCUGUCAUAUGGCAGAGCUUCUACGACACAGUAUGUGUGUGAGAUAAUUGCUUCAGUGAGUGACACAUAAGAGGUUCACAAAUGAAUAUACGUCUGCAAUCAUUCCCAACUCCACCACUUUUCCUGUAUGAUCACUGAAGGCUGAAAACAGUGAAUACUUAAUUAUUCCUUCUUAUCCCAAAUGGGAUGCGACGAGGCAGACUGGAGGCUUUGCAAACAAGUGAGUGCUGGUAAAAAUAUGCGCCAGCACAUGUUGCUCUGGGUGCAAUGACAUGAAUAUUAAGUAGGCUUUUUAAUGUCUAUACAUCAAGUGCGCUGGAGUGUUGUUACCUUGUGUCAUUAUAGCACGUUAUCAAAACCAACAGCUGUCUUCUGAGUGACUUAUCCUCAGUCAUGCAUUCAAAACACAUUUACGUCAUUAGGAUCAAUGAUACGUGAUCACUAAAUUUUGUAGAAUGCGUCGUAGUCACACGUGAAAUACUGGCGGUAACAUGCAUCUGAUUCACACUGUGGUUUUGCCACAAGUGAAAAAAGCGAGACACAGCAGCCUCACGGAUUACACUUUUAUAACACAUCUUGUGUAUUAAAAAGAUCAUAACUUUUCAUCUGAAAGAGCUGUGGGUGCUAAAAAUUAUAAUAAUGACUGACUCACUCCACUACACCCCUGGAUGGAUGAAUAUUCCUAUUCGGAAUGUUGACUGUGACUAUAGCGGUUCCACUGUAGUUGACAUUAUAGACCAGUUGAAUGUAUUCGGCAUGUUGCCCUGUCAUUUGUGCUACAAAAAAAAAGGGGGGGGGGGGUUCCUUCCUGUUGUUGUCAUUAGAAUAUUUAUGAAAUCUCCAGACCCUGUCCUUAAAGCACAAACUGAUGAUACAUAAACCAACUCUUGCGAGGAGUGGGUGGGUCUCGUGGGUUUAUCGGUCCCCACACAAACGCCAGGAUGCUUGUCUUUCAGUCUCUGGACUGGAGAGAAUCAAUCUCUGCAUCCAUAUGAGAAUAAAUGUGAUUCGUGUGAGGUUUUAAUGAGCGAUCG